AUUACAAGAAUUUCAAAAUAUGUUUGUUUGGUGGAGAUGAAAAACAAGAAAAAAGAAAAAAACAGCGCCAAUUGAAACCUGAAUCAAAAACCCUAAUUCCAACACCAACCACCAUUUCUAUUUGCUUUCUACUCUAACUCCCAUCGCCAAAUUCCUUCCCAAUCAUGCCUACACCCAAGAUCGCCCCCUCCAUGCUAUCCUCCGACUUCGCCAAUCUCGCGUCAGAGGCUCAACGCAUGCUUACCUUUGGUGCUGAUUGGCUUCACAUGGACAUCAUGGAUGGUCAUUUUGUCCCAAAUCUAACAAUAGGUGCUCCGGUCAUUGAGAGUUUGAGAAAGCACACCAAGGCAUAUCUGGAUUGCCACCUAAUGGUAACAAAUCCUCUUGAUUAUGUUGAAAUAUUUGGAAAAGCUGGUGCUUCAGGUUUCACGUUUCAUGUUGAGGUGUCUAAAGAUAAUUGGCAGGAACUUGUUAAACAAAUCAAGUCCAAGGGCAUGCGGCCUGGUGUGGCACUAAAACCAGGAACGCCCAUUGAGGAAGUGUAUCCUCUGCUUGAAGGUGAAAAUCCUGUUGAAAUGGUUCUUGUUAUGACCGUGGAACCUGGAUUUGGUGGGCAGAAGUUCAUGCCAGAUAUGAUGAAUAAGGUGCGCACGCUGAGGGAGAAGUACCCAAAACUUGAUAUAGAGGUAGAUGGAGGUUUAGGGCCUUCUACCAUUAAGACAGCAGCUGCUGCAGGUGCAAAUUGCAUUGUUGCUGGGAGUUCAGUGUUUGGAGCUGCAGAUCCAGCUGAAGUUAUAUCCCUACUCAAAACAAGUGUGAAUGAAGCCCAAAAAGCAACUAUUAAUUAAGAAUAUACAAGAAAUAAAGUUUCCCAAGGUGAUGUACUGUUUGAUACCGGAAACAUGAUAAAUUUGCGACUUUGAUUCGCUUUCUUACAUUGUAUUAUUGUAGAGCUAACUUUGUUUGAUGUAUUGAUGAAAUUGUGAGAGUCAUUGUGAGUAGCUGCUGCUUAUUCAGAUUGUAGCAGCUUUCUUUCAAUAUAUCUAAAGCGCAUAGCUGCAUCUACAUUCUA